GCGCUUCUCGAUGUAUACACUAUUCGUCAAGAAAUCGGGACGCUAAAUGGGGUCACAAUAGCUAUGGUUGGAGAUUUGAAGAACGGUCGAACAGUGCAUUCGUUGGCGAAAUUGCUAUGCGUCUACAAGGACAUCACACUCCAUUAUGUCAGUCCUGUGCCAGAACUAAGAAUGCCGGACUCUGUGAUUGACUAUGUUGAGAAGAAGGCUGGGUUUACACAGAUUGUAAAGAAAGAAGCAUUUCAGAAAAUCUUCACUUCAUUACCUGAAGGCAUACAAAAUGUUGAUGUAAUCUAUGUGACAAGGAUACAAAAAGAACGCUUCGAGAGAGAGGUAUAG